AUGCGAUUCCUCUUUUGGAAUGUCAAUGGAGUGGCGAAGGUGGAGGCUGGUUUGAAGUUACGUGAGCUAGUUAGGGAGUUUAGGCCGGUUCUUCUGUGUAUUGCGGAGCCGAAAAUUCCUUAUUCAGAUAGUGUUAUGUUAAGGUUAAAUUUAGCUGGUUUUAUUAAGAAGGCUAUUACGGUGAAGACAGAAGGAGUCUUUAUUUCUUGUGUUCAUGCUAGUUAUAUCCAAGUUUUUAGAAGGAGAUUAUGGAGUCAACUUUCUGUAGUAGAUUCUAAUUCUCCUUGGAUGGUUAUUGGAGAUUUUAACUGUGUUCUUCGCAAUGAUGAGAAGAGGGGUGGUAGAGAUGUUCAUACUUCUAGUAUGAAUGAAUUCAAUGAUUGGAUGGAAGGGAAUGGUCUUUUUGAGGCAGAUUCUUUGGGUUCAAAGCCAAGACGUGCUCCUUUCAGAUUUCAGAAAAUGUGGUUUACGCAUCCUGAUUUUUUGAAAAUGGUAGAGACUUCUUGGAAUACUCCUGUGUAUGGUAAUCCAGAUUUUAUUUUUCCUUUCAAGCUGAAGAGAUUAAAGGCAGCUAUGAAGUUGUGGAAUCAACAGAAUGAGAUGAAGGAUGCGCUUGUGGCUGUUCAGGAGGUGCGUAUGCAACAACAUAUUAUGUUGAAGCAAAAAUCUCGCAACAAAUGGAUCUUGGAGGGUUCUAGCAAUACUUCAUAUUUCCAUAGUACUAUUAAUACUCGUAGAAGUGUCAAUACAAUUUCGGAGUUGGUGACAGAUGAUGGGUCCCUUAUCAUUGAUCCGGACCAAUUAAGAGACCAUGUUGUUUCUUAUUAUGAGAAUAAAUUUAAUGGUGUAGAUACGCAGAUUGAGGAUAGUUUGUUUGAGUAUGAACAUAAUUCUAUUUCUCUUGAGGAAAGACAUAUGUUGGAUUUUAUUCCUUCUUCAUAG